UGAACUACUCGAUUGUUGAAGGAACGUCAACAUAUACGAUGACAUCCUCUCCCAGUUUGAUGAGAUCUACAGAGGUUUAUCCUCUCCCAACAGAUCUGCCGACCACAUCAUCCAGUCUACCACAAUACGUCUUUACACCCAGCUACACUUCAGUAGUUCUGCCGACCAUAUUAUAUAGUCUACCAAAAUACAUCUUUACACCCAGCUACACUUCAGCAGAUCUGCCGACCACAUUAUCCAGUCUACCACAAUACGUCUUUACACCCAGCUACACUUCAGCAGAUCUGCAGACCGCAUCUACAUCCACCUCAAUAUCAACAACGCCAACAACACAAAGUCAACCAGUGGCACUAAGAUUCAGAAAAACUGUACCGCCGACAACAACAGGAAAAUCUUUGACUUUCUCUGUGACACUUCAACCCAUGAGUACUGACACACUGACAUCAGCUGACGGGAAAAAUGCUACAUUUGUCAUUCCAAUUUUACCAUCAAAAUCAAAUGUAACAGUUGUAAUAAAAUUAACUCUUAACUCUCCUCAUACCGAAUUGAUGUCGACAUCAUUUUUUACAACUACCAUACCUACUGAUUCACAUCAAAACUCCAAUCAAACUACAGUCUUUAAUAACACUAUUCAAACUACAAACACAUCUAAUAUCAGUCAACCUAAUACAACCACACCAUUCACCAAUCAAACAAUUGCUGCCUCAUUUUACACCACUAAUCCCACACUCUCACUGAACACUACACUACUAACAACCACACUCAACAAUAAUCAAACUACUACUCCUUUACAUAAUACCACACAGCCCUCUACAAUCACAUAUCAGACCACUCAACUUACAACUACCACACCACAUACUACAAUAUCAACACAAAGAACAAACACCACCCAACCAACAACCACACCAAAAACGACAAUAUCAACACAAAACACAAACACCACCCAACCAACAACCACACCAAAAACGACAAUAUCAACACAAAAAACAAACACCACCCAACCAACAACCACACGAAACACAACAUUAUCAAUACAAACCACCACACAGACUAAAACCACACUUACCACACCGUACAUGACAACCAACGUACCAGCAUGGACAACCACAAACUUUAUUUCCUCAAUUACCACCAGGAGAGAUGAUUCAGUGCGUGUAUUAUGUAACUAUAACGAAGUCUAUGUUUCGAUUCUCCAUUACGGAUGUGGUGUGUUAACGACUAAUGAUGACGUCACGUGCAGGGUGAUUGGGUCCAACGCCAGUGACCAGUGGUCAGUGACUGAGGUGUACAGAAUGUACACAGAUCCAGCCACUAACGUGACACUGACCAUCUCGGGGAAUACAGUGGUUCUAGAGUCGUGUCUAGCCCCAGGAGCUCUGCUGGGGUUUAACAAGGUGUCUUUCUUGGUGUCCAGUUCAGCAGCCACCACAAACUUCACUUUAAACGUCAUUGUUAACAACAUACAGGUGUACACAGACAUCAGUGACGUCAGUAAUACCUCAUACAACAACACAAUACAUCUUCAAAGCAACAGAUCCUAUAAGAUAUCGAUAGCAGAAACUGAACAUGACAAACUUGGUGAGCACAACGACUCAGCCUUGUUUUCCCAAGAUUACUCAAUUCAGCAAUAUAAAAUUUGGACCAGUGCAGACGACACUCUUCUGGUUAACAUCAUAUACAGAGACGUCUCAGGCUGGCCAUGUACUUUAGUAAACCUGGAGAGCUUACGACAAGAAAUGGGAAAACUGUGUUUACAAAACCAAACAGAUGAAGAUGUAACUCCGUGCUGUCGGAAUAUUACUGCGUGUCAAGAUUUCUACAACGAUUGUAUCAGGCAACAACUUGAGAAAAUGCUAAGUUUUCUAAAUGCUAAUGAAAGCACAAUAAGUACGAAAGGACUGGAUGGACAGAUACAGAAAUUAGAUAUGUUAACUGAACAGAGGAAUGUUGUGGCUGCUAAUGCUGAGGUUAUCACACAUAUUAUUGAUCAGAUAGGCGAUAUCUUGCAGAAUGAGAACCUCCAAUUAACACCCUAUUAUUUUGAGAUUCUACUAAAUCUCACGGAUGUUUUGUUAUCCGUGGAACACCAAACGGGGCAAACACUACUUAUGGCUGUGGAUAAGAUCACUUCGCCAAACAACAUCAAUGGCAGUGUUUCGCUGGACAAGGAUAAUUUAGCUGUAGAAUGUAACUCCACACGUGAAGACAUCACCUUCUCGAAGACUUUCCUCUUACCGAACACCUCCAUUGAUUCGAUGUCUGACAGUGAAACACAAAUCUCCUUUUCAAAAGACAACUACCCAGAGACAUCAGAUGAAAUCAAGUUCUGUGUGCUCAUCUUCCGUGUGUCAGAAGGGAGUAUUCGAGUCUUACCAUCAAUACAAGAAAAAUACCCCCAAGGGUCCGCCCUGAGUGACAGCCAUAUCGUGUCAAAUAUCAUCCAAUUAAAAGUCAACGUGACACUGACCACAGUGGAACCUCCUGUAAAAAUGUUUUUCUCAAAAACCGUAUCGAACGAAUCAUUUCAAAGUCCCUCCUGUGGAUUCCUGAAUACAUCCGUGAAGGAAGGUGUGUGGGCCUCCAAAGGUUGUAAAGUCGUUAACGACACCAGUAACUACACACAGUGUGAGUGUAGUCACCUGACCAACUUCGCUGUGUUGGCACGUUUCUCCAGAUCCGGCUUGUCGAAAAGCGACCUUUUAGCUUUAAACAUCAUAUCGAUUAUUGGAAUCAGCAUCUCUCUGUUCUGUCUCCUGUUGACGCUCGUGGUGUACAUUUUAGUGUGGAAAUUUUUAAACCAUGACCAUUCAGUGCUCCAUAUCAAUCUCUGCCUGUGCCUUAUCGUGAGUUACAUCAUCUUUCUGGCUGGUGUCGAUAGAACAGAAGACUUGGUAGCCUGUACAGUAGUGGCGGCACUUCUACAUUUCUUUUUCCUAUCAGUCUUCUUCUCCAUGCUAGGGGAGGGAAUCCUUGUAUUCACCUCAGUAGCAGCUGUUUUUAGUAUCAGAGGGAGAUCAAGGACAAUCAUAACUCUUUUAAUAAUAAUUGCUUACGGCGUGCCUCUGAUCAUCGUUGGCGUAUCGCUGGGUGUCACAAGAACACAAGGGUAUGGUAACAGGGAAAACUGUUGGUUGAUGAUAGAUAAUGGUCUCAUCUGGGCUUUCAUUGGACCUGUGCUGUUUGUUAUUGGAGUAAAUUUAGUAAUACUGGUGAAGGUGAUUAGAGUGAUACAGUCAUCUCAUGUUAUGAGGGACAAAUCGGCCCUGCUUAAAGCAAAGUCCGUGCUAAGGUCUUUGUGUGUUCUCUCCCCUAUAUUCGGCAUGACCUGGGUGUUUGGUGUUCUGUCUGUUAACAAUGAAACCAUCGUCUUUGAAUAUUUAUUCGCCAUCUUCAAUUCACUGCAGGGUUUGUUUGUCUUUAUUUUCCAAUGUCUUCUUCUAAAGCAGGUGAGAGAAGGCCUCAAAGCUCUGAAACACAAACUUGGUUUUGACUGUUUAAAUAAACCAAGUAACAAACAAACAAGAAAGAUUAUAGAAAUACAUUCUCAAAGUAAUUCUAAUGAGUGCAUUGAUCCGGACCAACAAGAUAACAUUGUUACAACUCCAACCAGCAACUACAACUUCCGGUUUCGAAGUUUCUAUGAAACACGAGCAUUAUCAAAAAGUAAGAAGGGAAGCCGUAAGAGCAGGCGUGAGAGCAGUAGUGGAAGCUGGGCUGAAGCAGAUACAUUGGAAGAGGAGCUGGAAGUUUCAUAUAUUUUCAUGAAUCGUCAGAGUUUUCAUGAGGACACGCCCACUGAUUAUGUUCAGUCUAACAAUGUGCAAGAAUCUACACAAAAAGGAGACACCUUCUUGCUGUAGUCAACCCGUGUUCCCUAAAGUCGAAUCUUCUGUUGUUCUGUGGAUCUGUCCAGGCGGGCGCCUAUCUCACCUCAACGAUGUUCUGAUUAGUUCACUAGUUGCAGUGUCUCAGGUUAAGCAUCAAGUUCUAGCGUGCCUAUGAACGUUUCGCCAUGAACAGUGAUGUCGAUCAGCAUGACUUUAACAUCCCUGAUCUAGCACUUUGGAACACAUUCACGAUGUGAUCUAGCAUGACUUUAACAUCGUUAAAAUAGCAUUUUGGUACAGAUUCACUAUGUGACUUAAAACGACUUUUACAUCCCUGAUCUAACACUUCGGUACAGAUUCACGUUGUGAUCUAGCUUGACUUUAACAUCCCUGAUCUAGUACUUUACAGAUUCAUGUUGUGACCUAGUACGAUUUUAACAUCCCUGAUCUAGCAUUUUGGUUGUGACAAACAACAACCUGUGUGAGCAUUCUUAAGCAAAAUUAGAAUUUUUUUUUUUCAAUUAAACAAAAUGUACUAGCUAAACCAACUGUCCAUCAAAUCAUUUGUAAAUGAAGAAUUUUUUGGUGAUUGUCUGGGUAGUUGUAAACUACAUACAAACAUUGUAACAAGAAAUUAAAAACCAUUGAGGAAGUCGAGUGUUAAGUGUUUUAUUUAUAGGCCUAUAGCCUAUUUAUUUAUUUUGUCGGAAAUAAAUUUAAGCUUUAAAUGA